AUGCCGGCCUCCAAAGUGCUCACAGACGAAGAAGAGCGGGUGAAUGAGCGGACCGUGCUGCUCUCGCCAGCUGCACAGGCGGCCGACUAUGAAGCGAUUGCAGCGACAAAGGCCGCACGCUCUCUGGAUGACAGAGAUCCUCAGGAUGUCACCCGGAGAGCGACCAUCCUCAUCUUCCUCGGCGUCUGGACCGGCGUCUUCCUCGGCGCUCUCGAUACGACCGUCGUGGCUACGAUUUUCUCUCAGAUCUCGAGUUCGUUCGGAGCGUCCAAUCAGUCAUCAUGGCUUGCGACAUCCUACUUGCUCGCCACUGCUACCUGCACACCUCUCUACGGGAGGCUGUCAGACAUCUUCGGCAGACGAGGCGCCAGCAUGCUCGCCCUCACACUCUUCACCGUCGGCACGCUGCUGUGCGGUCUCGCAGGCAGUAUGGAGACGCUCAUCGUUGCAAGGUUGAUUGCCGGCAUGGGUGGCGGAGGUCUCAUGACGACCUCGAGCAUCAUCGCGAGCGAUCUCAUUCCUCUCAAGCAACGUGGCUUCGUACAAGGUCUCGUCAAUAUCUGCUUUGGCGCAGGUGCAGGCCUAGGGGGACCGCUCGGCGGUCUGAUUGCAGACCGGCUCGGAUGGCGAUGGGCCUUUCUCAUGCAGAUCCCGCCUCUCAUCGUUUGCUUCGUCCUCGUCUUCAUCUUUGUUCGCUAUCGAGUGCCAGGUCAAACCGGCACACUGUCGCAAAAGGUCAAGCGAGUCGAUUGGGCCGGCAGCGCGACGCUUGUCAUUGCGGUAGCCAGUCUCUUGCUUGGACUCUCCUUCAAGAACAACGAGGACUAUGCCUGGUCAAGUCCCUGGGUCUGGGCACCCCUCAUCAUCUGGGUCGUCUUCACUCUCAUCUUCGGCCUCGUCGAAGCGUACGUCUCGCCUGAGCCCGUCAUGCCACUGCGUUUGCUCAGACAGCGCUCGAUCUUCUUCAUUGCGCUGUCAAACUUCAUCGCAUCGGCCAUCAGCUUCAGUGUGCUCUACUUUUACCCGCUCUUCUUCGAGAGUGUCAAGCUAUCGACAGCUGGCGAAGCGGGCUUGCAUUUACUACCUAACAGCGUUGCACUGUCCAUCGGCUCUCUUGUUUCUGGCUAUCUGAUGAGACGGACCGGCAAAUAUUGGUGGUUGAUCGUCGGCUCGGCAGGUCUACCGAUUGUCGCCUUUAUCAUCAUGGUCAUGCUCGACCGUAACUCACCAGCAUGGCUCACUUGGAUCGCAGUGAUCCCUUCUGGCUUCGGAUAUUCGAGCCUGAUCACCUCAUUACUCAUCGCACUCAUAUCAACAGCCGAUCGUGCGGACAUGGCAACAGCUACGGGUCUCUCGUACCUCUUUCGCUACGUCGGUCAAGUUGUCGGCGUGGCGCUAUCGAGCUCCUUCAUGCAGUCCAUCCUCACAAGUCAGCUCAGAGCAAAUCUUACCGGCCCGGGCUCUGCAGAACUCAUCGAGAAGAUACGGCAUACCACCUCCAUCGUCAAGGAUCUGCCACCAGAUACUCAGAGUAUCGCCAUUGAUGCCUACCAAAAGGCACUGAGAGCAGUAUACCUUCUCAAUGGCGGCCUGGCCAUCCUUGGCCUCCUGUGCGCCUUCCCCAUCCGGGAGGUACCGCUUUCAGACAGCUUCGAAGAGGAAGAGCAACGUAGACGCGAACGCGAAGAUGCGCAAAGCACAGAGACUUGA